AUGGCUCAAAUCGUAAGUUCUAUUUAUGACCUCCAGGGAUUGUAUGAUAACUUUCAUGAUAUGGAUUUGUGUGAAGAUUUAUUGCGUGGUAUUUAUAGUAGUGAUAUAGAGAAGCCAACGGAAGUACAACAGCUUGCUCUAAUGUUCUGUUUGCAAGGAUAUGAUGUGAUUGCCAAUGCGCCUAUAGGCACAGGGAAAACAAUUGCGCUGCUCAUUGCCAUAUUACAGAAAAUCGAUACAACGCUUAAAAAUUGUCAAGCUCUAAUCGUUGUUAAAAACUUUACAAUUGCAUCUCAAAUAAAAUAUCUGCUGUGUCAGUUGUGUAAAUUUAUGGACGUCGACAUUUUUGUUUACAUGCCUAACCAUAAGUUAAGUACCUGCCAUCAGAUAGUUAUUACUACACCCAUCCAUGCAUUGCACUUUGUUAAAACACCAGAUCAGUCUGAAGGCAUAAAAUGUUUACUCUUAGAUGAUAUUGAAAAUAUUUUAACAUGUCAAAAUACACGUAUGCUUGAACAAUUAUGCCAUUCUUUGCCGUGCAAAGUUCAAAAAAUGCUCUCGACCACUAUAUUAUCGAAGAAGGCUUAUCAAACGUGCUGCAGCUUAAUGAAUAAUCCAAUCAAAAUUCAAUUGGAGAAUAAUAAAAGGCGUCUAGAUGGCAUUAAGCAAUAUUACAUUGCCAUUAACGAAAUUUGGAAACUGAAUACCAUUCGAGACCUUUUCAACGGCACACAAUAA